CCUCUGUGCUAAGCAUCUUGACAAUUACAGGUUGACAGCAAAACGUCGCAAGCCUCGCUGCGCUUGCAUUUCCUUGGGCAACAUUAUCCUUGCUUUUUGACAAUGCUGCAAAUGGAGCUGCUGCCACGGCCACAGCAUCCUCAUAUUAGAAGUAUACACGCACGAUAUGCAUCAAAUCCUAAUAUUGGAGCGCGCUUGCGGGUAAUACCAAGCGCGACUAAAACAGCGACUAAGACAGCGACUCGCAAGUUAUCCGUCCUUGAGCGCCAACAGGCCGAGCAGGCCGUCCUCGCCGCCCUGCGCGGUGCCCGGGGUCGCGGCAGGGAGGGUCUGGACGCGGAGCAGCUGCGACAACUGCAAGACGCUGUAGCCGCCCUGGAAGCGGAUGGUGGUGAGCCCGACCCCACCACUCGGGCCUGCCUGGACGGUCGCUGGCGGUUGCUGUACACGUCGCGCCCCGGCUCCGCCUCGCCCAUCCAGCGCAGCUUCACGGGGGUUGAGGCGUUCGGGAUAUACCAGGAGGUGCUGGGGCUAGCUGGGGCGGCAAGGCGGGGGGAGGCGGCGGAGGGCGAGGAGGAGGGGCCGCGAGUAAACAACGUAGUGGAGUUUGGAGCGCUGGGCUUCCUGAAGGUGGAGGCGCAGGCCAGCACGGAGACGCGCCCGCUGCCCGGCUUCACCCCGCGGCAGGGCGAGGGUCUGCCCCUGUUCGGCCGCUCGCUGAGCUACCCGCCCGCCCGCCCCAACACCCGCAUCGACUUCCAGUUCGAUCGCGCCGCCUUCACCUUCCGCUUCCUGCCCUUCAAGCUGCCCUACCCGGUGCCAUUCAGGCUGCUAGGGGACGAGCGCAAGGGUUGGCUUGACGUGACGUACCUUAACAGCGACGGUACCUUCCGACUCAGUCGGGGCAACAAGGGCACGCUGUUUGUGCUGGCCAAGGAUGUGCCCAUCAAGCAGCGCCUGAUGGAGGCCAUUGGACGGGGGGACGAUGAAAUGGUCACCGCACUCGCCCAGCUGCUCUCCUCCGACAGCCCCACCCCCGCCCCCGCCCGCAGCCCCCUGGCAUCCGGCUCUUGGCGGCUGCUGUGGUCGCAGCAGGCGCCCGGCGCCUCGCCGCUGCAGCGCUGGGGGUCGCGCCAGCCCAACAGCUUCCAGUUGGUGGACGGGGCGGCGGGCCGGGCAGCCAACCUGGUGCGGCUGAGCAGCUGGGCGAGUGUGCGGGCGGAGGCGAGGGUGGAGGCGGCGGGGGACAGCCGGACGAAUGUGGAUAUCGAGGAAGCAGGGUUGUACCUGGGCCCGCUCCGCGUGCCCUUGCCGGCUGGUGGGCGCAAGGGCGAUCCUCCUGGUUUCAUCGACUGGUUGUACCUGGACGAGGAUCUGCGCAUAACGCGUGGCUCCAAAGGAAGCCUUUUCAUCCAUCGCAAAGAAGAGUAACUUUUCGCAAUGUGGCUAGGCGUGGUACGGGAGUGUCGUGUACGUCGGGAUUCUCUCGUUGUGGUCAGACAACCGGCGUUGAUUGGACACAGACUCCUUCCGACUGCGCUUUGGUCUGGCAGAUUACAGUAAGGAUCCCAUUUCUGGUUUUAUAGUGCACAAUCCAACAUCAAUGCCGAGCGAAGGCUAGGUUGCUUGGUUAGCGUGUCCGAACUUUCCUAACCAAUUACUUGUCUUUGCAUAGCGGAUCUUAAUGCCGAUUCUAGGGUCCAGGAGCCGGCGAUAUCAUGCUGUUUUCGGGUAGCCGGCAGCGCCUGUAACAAGCAAUACAAAGCCUGGACCCUAUACAUGAGGCUUUAUAGGAAAUCAUGGGAGGAUGCUUGUCAAGCGAGUCGAAGGAGCAGCGCCCACGCGUAGAGUCUCACCCAGCGGUGCCGUUGGACUCACAGCAACCAGGAACUGGAAAAGCAACCCAAGCAAGCCAGCAGCAAUCUGGACAAAGUGGUGCUGCUUCCGAGUCUGCUGUCGCCUUGCCAGCGCAUAGCAACGGCAAUGGACGGUUGUUGUCGGAAUCGGCGGGCGAGGUAGCUCCUUCGACAGCAGCAGAGCCAUCUGGACCUUUUCAUUCACCGGAAAAGCCUGCACCCAAGGCUGGUGAAGGGAACCUUCAGGGUGCUGGAAGCCAAGGAGAGGAUGCCGUCGUGCAAACUUUAGCAGCCGGUGGCACACUUCUCUCACCGCCUACUGGGCCCCGCGAUACGGAUACACUUCGUGGCAACUCAACUGGCAUAAUUCAGCCUAUCAACAGUUCAGAAGCCAGCAGCUUUCAGAACCCUGAUGGAGGCUCCCCCUCGGGCGUGCAGUCAUCUGGCUUCCAAUGUAUGCCCCCGGACGUGUUGGCUAAAGAGGUCGCGCAGCUCUCAUGGGUUGGACACGGAGGCUACGGCGCUGUGUACAAGGGCGUAUGGCAGGGCGCCAACGUGGCGGUCAAGUUCACGGUGGCGGACUACAUGGACUUCGCGGGCGCCUCGGCGCACGAGGCGGUGCUGUCCAAGAUGCUGUCGCACCCCAAUGUGGUGCAGACCUUCGCCAGCCGCGUGUCGCUGCUGGACGAGGAGUUCCUGCGCUCCGUGUUCGACGGGGAGACCACCUUCCCCUCGCGCGAGCUGCCCGUGGACAGCUUCCGGUCGGGGGAGGGGUUCGGCUCACCGUACGGCAUCAACACCAGCAUGCGCUUCCGGGACGUGUUGACGCACAUCGGGGCGCGGCCGGGGCACUACAUCACACAGAUGAUCAUGGAGUACUGCGACCGCGGCUCGCUGCACCAGGCCAUCGCCAAGGGGCUGUUCAAGAGCAGCUCCAAGUGGAACAACAAGAUCGCGCUGCGGGCGCUGCUGCGCACGGCGCGCGAGAUCGCGCAGGGCAUGAGCCACCUGCACGCGUGCCGGGUGGUUCACGGCGACCUGAAGCCGGGCAACGUGCUGCUCAUGAGCAGCCGCGCGGACAGGAGGGGAUUCACGGCCAAGGUUUCCGAUUUCGGCCUGUCCACCUACUGCAUGGCCUCCCACACCAGCGUCACCCGCUGGAGCACCGUCAGCUACAUGGCGCCCGAGGCGUUCGAGGGGCACCUCACCAUGGGCUCAGACACAUUCAGCUUCGGGGUGCUGCUGUGGGAGAUGUACACAGGCCAGCAGCCGUACGCGGGUCUGCAGGCCGCCCAGAUCGUGAUGGGCGUGCAGGCGGGGCAGCUUACCCUGGAGUGGCCGCCCGACAGCGACCCGCGCAUCGUGGACCUGGUGGAGGGCUGCAUCCAGCGCAACCCCGCGGCGCGCCCCUCCUUCAACCAGCUCAUCAACCAGCUCACCUCGCUGGAGGCGCACAUACGGCUGGAGGCGGCGCCCUCGGACGGAGCCAGCGAGCACAGGAUGCCGCUGCUGGGGACGGUGGGGUCGGGCGGGAACAUGCAGCAGCAGGCGCAUGCGGUGCUGCCGCCUGCGGCGGCAGCAGCAGCAGACGGCGCUGACACGCUGUCGGGGCCGGUGGCGCCGGAACCGGCAUUGGCUAUGCUGACCCCGCCGCUGCUGCCGCCGGAGGAGGAGGC